ACACUCACAAAUAAACCCUCCCACGGUGACUGCAAGGGACUAAAGCACAGUGGCUGGUGAUUGACAAGUGUCGCCAGUGCGAUAAAGCUUUAGAGGUCCCUGUCAGAAACACCUGUCCUGGACCUGGGCUUCCUUUUACGUUUUUACCUUUUCGGCUUUAUUCUACCCUGGAAAAGAGGUCUGCCUGCAAGUUCAAAUUGGCACAAACGCACCAGGUGCCGGCACCUCGCCCUAUCCAAUUGCCGCUCUUGAGACAUAGCGUCACUGCAAAGGCCAAACCGACCGGGCUUCAUUCCUGAAGUCACAUCAUUACAGUCGCAUGGCGUGGCGCAAUCCAUCACUAUAACAAAACCCCAGUUAAAUACCAGUUUUGGCUCCAAAGAUAGCUGCAUUACGCAUGUAGGGCCCUUUGUUUCGUCUCACAGUACAGAGCAGUCGGCUUCAGAACUAGGAUGGUGCUGAGGCACCACAGGCCACCUUACAUUAAAGGACAAAGUUUGAUGUCUGUGGAGAUCAGAGCGAAACGGGUCAGCCCUCUUUACUGAGUCAUGUUUACCAAUGUGUGUUAGAAGAGGAAAGAUAACCAGAUAGGGAAAAUCAUCUGUAACCUUCACUUGUUCUCCAACCCAACCAUGAGGGACAGACUGACCCACCUGCAGAAAAUGUCCAACGGCCAUGUGGAGCAGAUGGAGUACGCAGAGUCCACUGUCUCCGACUCCUUCAGCAAUGUGGACCUGGAGGAGGAUUUGCCCCAAGAAGCAGUAGUGUUUGACAAUAGCCCUGCUUUGGAGGAGGUCUUUUCCCAAUCACAAGAUAUCCACAGAGAGAUCCAGCUCAUCCGCCUGGAGGUUAAAAGGCUUCGUGAGCAGAACUCUCGCAUGCUCAAGGGCACCACCACCAUGAGCACUAUCAAAAGGGACUCUAAUGCCAUUGGUGCUGAUAUAAAGGCUCGGGCUGAGGAUGUGCUAGCACACCUGCGGGACAUAGACGGCACAGCCCACAAGUUAGAAGAAGCACAUGGCUCAAAUUCUGCCAUCACACGUAUUGCCAGAACCCAGUAUGCUUGCCUCAGCAAUGGUUUCCGCGAUGCCAUGUUUGACUAUAAUGAGGUGGAGAUGAGCCAUCGGGAGAACUGUAAAGCCCAGAUCCAGAGGCAAAUGGAGAUAGUGGGACGUGAGGUGACAGGAGAGGAGGUGGAGGAGAUGAUUGAGACAGGUCAGUGGAACAUCUUUAACGACAACGUUGUGACUGAAGGUAAAACGGCUCGAUCAGCUCUGUCCCAGAUUGAGAAACGUCACCAAGAGUUGGUGGACCUGGAGACCCGUAUCAGUGGCAUCCAUGAUAUUUUCCUGGACAUCGCCCUGCUGGUGGAGGAGCAGGGCCCCAUGCUGACCUCCAUCCAAACCAACGUUCAGAAAACAGAUGAAUGCAUACAGGAGGUCCUCGUCAAACUCGGCAGGGCCAAACGUCAUGACAAGAACAACCCCUUUAAAAAGAUGUUUUGCAGCUGUUUUCCAUGUUACGAAUAAUGACUGUACAGGACAGAGAUGUGUAGCGGGGAUGGCACAAUAUGCAAUGUGCUGUCCAGACAAAGAGGACUGGGAAAUCUUUAGGACAUUAAACAUUUUCUUCAUGUUUCAGUACACUGUUCCUAUUGUCACAAAGCGUUUAUCAACAGCCUGUAGAGCUAUUGCAUAAUAACAUUUUUUCCAGGAAGAAAAAUAAAGGUUUAAUGGAAAGGUUAAAACUAUUGUGUCUAGACUAAGGGACAAAAACUGCUCGGGUAAAAUAUUUUAAAAUUGAUCCAUUGACGUCUAAUGUUUGAGACAGGUAUCUCAAAUCAGAAUUAAUUCCCCCAUGAUUGAGGUGUGAUGCAGACCUGAAAGAAACAGUACUUGAAAAUUGCUGAAAAUUAUUUCAAAGAUGAGAUACAUGUUUGUGUCGGGCAUGCUGCCUGACACAAUGGUUCCCGAUGCAGUAAACUGCAUUAAUAGUAAAUUCUAAAGAAAUAUUAUUAGUGCAAGUUCAAUCAAACAAUUCUUACCCAGAAUUAUUUUCUAGUGUCUGACCAAAGUCAUUAAGGUCACAUUAUAUGUCACUACAUGUCAAUGCACUGGUAAAAAUGGAUGCCCUAGACGAACGGCUGAAAUAAAAUGUUUUAGAAAUUAUACAGUUUAGUUGUUCUUGAUUAGAUUGUAAAUCUUUUCUGCACUAAUAUGUGUAUGUUAUGAAAUUUUGGGUUGAUAGUAACUAGCCAUUCUGUGUUCACAUUACACAACACAUUCAAAAUCUCCCAUUUCUCAUAUUUACUAUCUCUUUUGAGGACAUGAGGAAUGACAGCAGUUUUACUAGGAUUUAUUGUCAGUCUCACUGUUAUGCAGGGAUCACACAGUGAAUGUAUUGUGAUGUACACUAAUCUGUUACUUUUCACUGCUAUUUUAUAACUAUAUGUAUGAUAAUACCUGUUACAUUGUCUGCCUUUCUUUUGUGGUGUCAUGUAUAUUACAUAAAGAGUUAUUAAAAUCA